AUGGAAAAUAAUUAAGACUUUGGAAAAAUAAUGAUUGAGGGUGUGACCUAUUAAAAGUUAGAGAAACUUGGUGAAGGGACAGAAGGAAAUGUUUAUAAGGGACAAAAUAUUGAAACCAAAGAAAUUGUGGCAAUUAAAGAAUACAAAACAAUAAAUAGCAAUGAAUUAAAAGCCAUUUAAUCAAUUCGUUAAAAUAACUUCAGCCAUAUAAUUAAAAUUAAAGGAUUAUAAAAUUAUUAAAAUAAAUGUCCAAAAAUUGUCAUGGAAUUUGCAGAUGGUGAAUUCUAUAAAUUUAUGUAAACAAAUUAUUACUCUAGUUUGGAUUAUUAAUAAAGAAAUUAAUAUUUCCUUUAAGUAAUUAUUUAUAUGAUUAUAUAAGAUGGUAUAAGGAGUUAACUAACUUCAUUAAUCGGGAUUAUUUCACAGAGAUUUAAAACCUGAAAACUUUGUAUAUUUUAAUUAGCCCAACAAUUAAAAAAUCAUUAAAUUAAUUGACUUUGGUUUAGUGAAAGAAAAUGCAAAUUAGAUGGCCAAAACUAGUUGUGUUGGAACAUCAUAUUACAUAGCUCCAGAAGUGUUAUAGAGUAAUUCAAAUUCAGCCACAUUUUAUGAUAAAUCAGUCGACAUAUGGUCUUUGGGAAUCAUUUGGUAUGAAAUAUUAGUAGGAAAUACAUUCUUUAAUGGUAAUUACAACUUAUAAUCUAGGUACAACAAUAUAAGACAUAUUAAAUUAAAUCUUAAAUAAAUCACAAGUUGAAAUUGAUAAAUAAAUUCAACUAAACCCAAUAUUAUAAUAAAAAGAAAAAAAUUUAAUUAAGGAGAUGCUUAAAAAAAAUUCAAUACAAAGAUUGAAAUUGGUAAAAAUUAUUGAAUCUUAUAAUUAAUUUAAUUAAUAGACAUAAUAGACUCAAUUAGACUUUUAAGAUAAUAAGUAAUUAACAAAAGAGAUAGAAGAAUUGUAUAUAAAACAUGAAAGGAUUUAAGAAGAAACUAAAAAGGCAAUGAAGGAUGAGUUUGAUCAAAAAUUGCAUAAUAUAGAAUUAAAGAAGAAAGAAGAAAUGGAACAAAUGAAAAAAUAAAUAGAAAAGGAAAAAGAUAAAUUCAUCUCUGAAAAAUUAGAAUAGUUUAAAAAUAUAUAAAAAAAUGAAUUUGAACUAUAAAUUAAAGAAAAAGAAAAUCAACUAAAAAUCCAACAAGAAUAUGCUUUAAAAUAGCAAUAAGAUAAGGAGUUAUUAGCUUAAAUGAAAUUUUAAUAAGAAAUAGAAUUUUAAAAUGAAAUGGAAAAAUUUUUAAAAAGUAAAGAAGAAGAGUAAAAUUAAUACCUUCAAUAGUUUAAACAAAAAGAAAAUUAAAAAAAAGAAGAAGAAAUUAAAUAAAUAUUAUUAAAAUAGGAAAUAUAAAUUAAGUAAUAGUUAGAGUAAGAAAUUAUGACGAAAUAUAUGCUUGAUUAUUCAAGAAAAGUUACUGAAUUGGAAAAUAAAUAGUAAUAAGAAAAUUCAUAAUAAUUAUAAGACAAGAAAUAAUCAUUGUAAAUUCUAUUAUAAUCUCAUCAAAAUACUAUUAAAUUGUUUAUCUAAAACUUAAACUAAAAGUUAUAAAACAUCAAAAAUAUUGAUUUAUCAAAUGAUAAAAAAGAUAAGUUAAUAUAAUAUAUAAACAGUUAGCUAUAAAACAAUACAGAAAAAUUCUAAAAAAAUUCAUAGAAAUAAUUAUAAAUAUAAUAAGUUUCUAAAUAAGAGUAACUUAGAGGUUUAGAGAGUCAAUAAGUUUUAGAGCUACAAUAAGAUAUAUAGGAUUAAAAUAAUAUAAAUCUAAUGAUAUCAGAAUAACUUACGAUACUCUAAAAGUAAUUAGGAGAUAAAUAAAGGUUAGAGUAAUAAUAAAAAGAAGAAUAGAAACUAUAAGUAUUAGAACUGCAACUAAAUAUUGAAAAAUAAAACUUUUAAAAUAAUCUUUUCAUUUUAAAAUAGUAAUAUGAUUCACGUUCAGGGGAUCUUAAUAAAAUUUAGGAAAGAAUUAACUUUUAUUAAAGAAUCCAAUAUUCAAUUAAAGAGCAAGAAAAAUUUCAAUAAGUUGUAGGGCAGUAUUCAAAAUUGACUCAAGAAUUGUUAGUUUUAGAAAAAUAAGAAUAAAUUAUUAUUUCAAUUGAGAAAUCAUAAUAAUUUAUUACCUACUAAUCUUUCAAAAGCAAGCUUGAAGACCUAUAAUCAGCUUAAAAUAGAAUGAAAAAUUUGAUUGAUGAAAUUAAUGAAUCUAUUGAAUAAAUUGAUUUCAAAUUUUUAGAAGAACAUUAAAGAUAUAUUGAUACCUAAACUGAGAAUUUAUUAGAUUUCUAAGAUAAAUUUACAUAUCUAUCUAAAAAUAAACAUUAUGCUGAGAAUAUAAACUAAAUAAAUAAUCAAAUAGGAAUUUGCUUUGAGUAAUUAAAAGGUUUAAAUUCAUUAUUAAAAUAUGAAAUAUUUUAAAAUUAUGAGAAGUUCAAGAAGACUUCUGAUUCUAUUAGUUAAUAAUUAUAAGAAUUAGAAAAAUCGCAUAAUUUAUUUAUUGAAUAAGAAUAUAAUAAUUAAUAAAUUCAUUAAAGAAAUGUUGAAAGAAUAAAAAAAUUAGAAGUUAUUGAAGGUUACUUAAAGGAUUUUAUAAAUAAAAUGAAUCAUUUAAAAAAUUAAGUUAGUAAUUUUAGUAAUAAUUAAUUUUGCAAAAAUGAAACAAGGACUUUGAUAAUAGAUAAAUAACUUAAAAUAGAAUAAAAUAUACAUUCAAUUUAACAAGAAUUUUAGGAUUUCUAAAAAUUUAAUUAAAUAACUUCCUGUGAAGCUAUAAAUGUUUAAAUAAUUUAUUUAGAAUAAUUUUAAGAAAAAUUAAAAUAAUAAUUAUUAAAUGAAUAAGAUAAAGUAAAUUAAUUAUAUUUAGUAAUUUAAAAAAUUAUGAACGAAAACAAAAGCGAAUAAGAAAAUGAAUAUUUUUAAUUAAAGAAUCAAUUCUAAUUAAUAUAUAUGCAAUUUUUAAAAGAAUUUAUGUCUGCCAAAAUUGACUAAGAUAAAAUUAUUUAUUUAGAAUUAAUAAAUGGGAAAAAAGAAGAAUUAAAAAAAUAACUAGAAUUAGAAAUAGAAACCAUAGAUAAAUACUGUGAAAUUAACAAACAUAAUGAAAUGCUAUCGUAAGAAUUGAUAAGUAUUAUGAAAAGAAAGUAAUAGGAUUUUUACAAUAAUAUUCCAGUAUUACUCUAUAAAUUAUAAGAUCUUAAUACAAAAAAAAAUUAAAAAUUAAUUUAAGUACAAUAAAUAGCUCAUAAUAAAUCGCAUGAACUAAAAUUUAUACCUUUGGAUAACAAUCUUAUUAAUACUUAUAAGUAUUUAUAAUAAUAAGAAGAAUUCAUAUCAUAAGAAAUAAAUGAAAUCAGUUGUAUAGAAUAAUAGUAACAACAAAAUCCACAAGCUUUUAUUGAAUUAAAAUAGAAAAUGCAAACUAUAAUUUAUCAAUUAAAUUAAUUAAUAUAAAAAAUUCCCUAGAAUGAUGAAGUUUAAUAAUUCAAUAAUAUCUAUAAAAACAACUAAGAAUCUUAUGAAAAAUUAUACGCUUUAAUUAAUUAUUUAAAAUAGUAUCAUUUAACGAGAUAUUAUCAACGAAUUAAUGAAAAUGCAAAUUAAUAAAAGUAGAAUUUAAAGGAAAAUAAUUAAAGCGCAGCCUUAUAAUAAAAAUUAAAUUAAGAGAUGGUAGAAAAUACUAAAAAGGAGAAUGAAGCUUAAAAUUUAUUAAAGAUAUAUGAAAAUAUUUUGUUUCAUUAGUACAAUAACAAAAUGAUUGAAGAAUUGCAAAAAGAUUAUGAGUAGAUUUCAGAAAAAAUUAAAGAUGUUGAAUAUAUGAUAAAAUAAAAAUAAUUAGUAAAACUGAGAAGUUCAAUCAAAAAUUAAAAUAAUAUAAAUGAGAUUAUAAACAAUAAAUAAUAUUAUAAAAUAGGUGAAUUAGCAUAAAUUUUAGAACUUAAUAUAUUACGGAAAAAUAAUUGA